CAAUAACUGGUUUCCCAGUUUAGAUGGCAGCAGAGCAGUGUUUUGAUUUAACAUUUCACAAACAUUAAUCGGAAAUUUAAUUACACAGUAAAAUUCUACUUGCUCUGUACGAAAAAUUAUCUUCUUUUUUUAAAACAUGAACUGCAAGUAUAAUACUGUGCAAAAUCUUAUACAUUGUUCACAUCAGAAUGUUUGAUUUGGUAGUGGACUCAGUGUCAAUAUUUACUAAUAAAAGGAUAAAAUAGAUAGAAAUUGAAAAGUAUGGAAGCACAAGAAGAUUGCACUGUUCGAAGAGGACAGCCAAUUCGUCGUUAUCAAAAUGAUUAUAAGUCUGAAGGGCAUACAUCAACCACAAUGAUGGGUAAUCAACCUCAAUAUUUGAAUGUAGGUAGACCCACUGUUCGAAUAGCUGUUUACUUGAUGACUGGAAUGUUUUUAACAAUGGACAUUGAGCAAAAUUUUACCGCACAACAAAUUCUGGCAAUAAUACAAUCCGAGGGAGAACUAGGAUUAACCAGAGCUUCGUUGCUUACUGGCCAAACAGUGUUCGCUUUGUGGCUUUGUUCUUCCAGCUUAGAAGUUCAACUACGACCAAAUCACAAACCUAUAGAACUAGCUGCAAAAUGGAAUCGUUUAGUAAGAAAAUACAGUUCUCAAAGUGAGGAGCGUGGUGAGGAACCUUUAUUGUUUCUUCGAAGGAAUGUAUUCCUUUCUAGGGCAGAUGAGGAACAAAUAAAAGAAGCUAAAGUAUUGGAAUUAUUGUACGCAGAAGCUAGAAAUAAUGUACUACAAGGACGAUAUCCAUGCGAAGGACAAGCAAGAUAUGCAAGUUUGGGUGCCCUGCAAGCCCGUAUUGAGUUAGGACCGUACAACCCACAAACUCACACAUUAGCGUUUUUCAGACGACAUCGUGGUAGAUUCCUACCUCACCAUUACACUUCUCCUAGUUUAUUAUUAGGAUUAGGUCUGGGACUAGGAUUAGUGGGAGGAAAAGGAGCACCAGAGGCACGUCUGCUUGAACAGUACAAGCGGAUACCUAAUCAUACAGGAACUAACGCGAAUUCAAGAAAGCUUAUCAGAAAAUACUUGGAGUUCUGUUGGAGUUUACCGUGUUAUGGCGCGGCGUUUUUUCAAGGACAAAUCGAGCGACCUGUGAGAGGUUUAGCGUCAUGGAUCACAAAUCGUGAUAUGCAAGUUCUAAUAGCUAUUAAUUCUUCAGGAGUGUACAUCGUGGAUGACAUGCAAUGUAGCUUGUUAUUGGGCCUGAGAUAUUCAGAACUCAGUUGGGAAAUGGCGAAGCCUUCCGACGAAGGUAAUUUGGACUGCCUGCCUUGUCUAUUUCUACAGUUUCCGGUGCGAGAAAACGGAGCACGUGUUUAUAAAAUUCUACAAGUAUUCUCGAGACAAGCAAUAAUGAUGGAUACGUUAAUAUCUGGAUUUGCUGAGGAACACCGCCGACACGGUGCUAAUGGAGACGUUGCGCACGUUGAACGUUUAACUGAUCAUUCAAUAGGUUCGAACACAGGCAGCUUCACGAACAAACUUAGCAAAUUUACAUUGGCCACCUUCGACGACGAAGGCCGUUGUAUCGGACAAAUGGGUUCUUGGUCUUUUCAAUAAAUAUUCUUGUUUAUAUCAACA